GGGCAGUGAUGGCGGCGGGUGAUGGGGACGUGAAGCUAGGCACCCUGGGGAGUGGCAGCGAGAGCGGCAGCGACGGCAGCAGCGGGAGCCCGGGCGGCGCGGGAGCGGCAGCGGAAGGGGGCGGCUGGGCGGCGGCGGCGUUGGCGCUUCUGGCGGGGGGCGGGGAGAUGCUGCUGAACGUGGCGCUGGUGGCGCUGGUGCUGCUGGGGGCCUACCGGCUGUGGGUGCGCUGGGGGCGGCGGGGUCUGGGCGCGGGGGCCGGGGCGGGCGAGGAGAGCCCGGCCGCCUCCCUGCCGCGCAUGAAGAAGCGGGACUUCAGCCUGGAGCAGCUCCGCCAGUACGACGGGUCCCGCACGCCGCGCAUCCUGCUCGCGGUCAAUGGGAAAGUCUUCGACGUGACCAAAGGCAGCAAGUUCUACGGCCCGGCGGGUCCAUAUGGAAUAUUUGCUGGUAGGGAUGCCUCCAGAGGACUGGCAACAUUUUGCCUAGAUAAGGAUGCACUUAGAGAUGAAUAUGAUGAUCUCUCAGAUUUGAAUGCAGUACAGAUGGAGAGUGUUCGAGAAUGGGAAAUGCAGUUUAAAGAAAAAUAUGAUUAUGUAGGCAGACUCCUAAAACCAGGGGAAGAACCUUCAGAAUAUACAGAUGAAGAAGAUACCAAGGAUCACAAUAAACAGGAUUGAACUUUGUAAACAACCAAAGUCAGGGGCCUUCAGAACUGCAAUUCUUACUCCCUUUCACAGAAUGUCCAGUGUCUUUGGGUUUGAUUCACCUGCUGCGAAAAACAUUCAACAGAUUGUGUAGAAGAUGUAUGGGUCUCACUAUGAAGACUUGAAUACUAGACAUUAUUUAUGCUGCCAAACUCAUUUGUCGCAGUUGUUUGUAAUGUCUGGUGGGGCUUCAUCGUCCUGAAAAGGAGGAGACAGGGAUUUUUUAAACUGCAAGAAAGUCACGAGGUUACUUUUAAGUUUUUUCUCUUUCUCUCUUUGUCUCUUCCUUCCUUCUUCUCUUCCUCCCUCUCCUCCCCCCUUCUUCUUUCCUUCCUUCCUACUUCCCCUUCCCUUUCUUCCCUUUUUUUAAAUUUUUUUAAAUAUAUCAAAGACAACCAGAUAUGUAUUUGCUACUCAAGUGUACAAAUCUCCUCAGAAAACAGCAAGGGACUCCUGUUUCACAUGCUGUGUUUUCAUUUGAGCAUAAAGGAGGGAGGAGACCUGAGCAGGGGAGGUGGUAGUCACAAGUUGAGUUGAGUCGUCAUUUAGGCUACUGAAACAUUAAAAUGUGAAUUCCCAAAUUUUUCUUUUUGGGCUUUGUCAGGGAAAAGAAAAAAACAUUUCUAAUAAAUCUUUGGAACUUAGAUUGGAUUUAAGUCAAAGCAGUUUCCCAAAUAAGAUCAUUUGAAAUCAGUUUUAUUCCUUUCCUUCCUCCCCCUAGGUCAAGUCAAUAUUAAUUGUGCCUUAUUUCACGUCCAUAGACUUGAAUUAUUUUUAGGGUAAGUCCCUAUAUGAAUUCAGAAGUCACUACAAGCAGCAUUGAGACUGAAGUUGGAAUAUUCUGUUCACAAAACCUUGAUGUCAUUCUGUGUAUAUAGAAUGUAAAAGGAAUAUUCAGUGUUAACUGCCAUAUAUGUUAAUAUACACAAACUUAAUUAGCAGUGUAAUGGCCAAAUGCAUUCCCCCCAUGCUUUCCUCUUUUCAAAAAGAGAAAGAAAAAUCAACAACUCUUAUUCCCCAACAGCUGUCUGAUUUCAGGAGUCUGACCCUCACAUCUCACUGGUGUGGGUGCAUGGUCGUGGUGUGGAUGUUUGUGUGGGUGUGUCUGGGUGUGUGGGAGUUACCUUGGAAGGGACUCUUUCUGCAGAUACUGUAAAUACAAGUACCGUUUUAAUAAAGCAUGUACAAUAAACCAAAAUAAGCUUGAGUUGGACUUUAUAUGCAAAACUGUUAAAAUAGCCAGUGCAUUAUGAUAUGGUGAUAAGGUUGUGCCUUUGAUUCAAGAUAAGGAAAAAAUUUUGGAAAUGAAAAAAAGGCACUGGUUAACCGAGUUGUACACAUUGUACCACAUUCAGUAUAACUUAGGAAGAAAUUCCACUUUUGUGGAACAUUCUCAAGAGAUCUGAGAUAUUCAGGUAAGAGUAGAUAUAUUAAAGUGUACCGUUUUUUACUUUAUAUUUUGAUGGGAACUGAUUAUAUUAGAAGCAGUAGCACUCCAGACAGUAGUUACCGAACACAGAACAAUAAAGCUUAUGUACAAUAGAUAUUAAAUUCUUUCAUUAUUGGGUUGAAAAUGCCCUUACUAAAAGCCCUCGUAGGUCAGUACUUGAUUUCACCAUGACUCUGCAGGUUCUUGGUAGGGGACAAGUUGCACCAAAAACCCAGAUUCUACUUAAGUCACUAGUUAAGGAAAAGACCUGCUUAAUGAUAUUUGCAGAAGACAUCAAAGAAAGGGAGACCUGGCUGCAGCAGGAAUGAAGUCUGCGUUCUGUUCAGCCCUGCAGUGUUUUCUAGAAUGGAUGGUCUCUGGCCAAACCUGGGCUGAAGAAUGUGAGGGCCGAAGUGUUGGCCGACGCUUUGUGUUUCCAUGUAAAAGUAUUUUCUCAGAAUUUGUUAAAGAACUCCUCUGUAGUAAACUGAUACAUAUAUGAAUCAUUGGAGCCUAAAGUUCAAUAAUACAUUUGCACUUGUGAAUAGUGAAACACUUAAGUACUCAUGCAGUAAAAAUUAUGCGGUCUGUUUAGAAAAAAAUGAGUAAUUUUGUGUUCUGGACUUGAAAUAAACUGUUCUGUAGAUGAUUUCUUAAUUCUA